UGUUCAAUUCAUUUUGUUCUGUUGGAUACAUACAUUGGUUGAUCAUCUCAUCUCAUUUCAUCAUCGUUAUCAAUUUAAUUUCGGACCUUCUCCUUUUCUCUUUUUCUCUUCUCAGCUUCCCCAGCUACCUCCCAAACCCCCACUGCACCCUCAAACGGACGAUCCGAAGAUAAAUCAUCUCUUUCUUCUUUCUCUCUCUCGCUCUCUCUCUCCAACAAACACUAAUAAUCAUCACUCAUCUUUUCUUCUUCCUCCUCCUCCUUCUUCUUCUUCAGUAAAUAAAUUAGAUCAGCUUGAUCUUAUGUCAAUGGAAAAUUUGUUACAUUAAAACCCAGAUUCACUGAUAAACCUGAAAGCUGAAAAAAAGGAGGAAGCUUUUUUACAUCUAGGGAAGUGGGUUGGGGGUGUGUGUGCGUCUUCUUAUUUCCGUGAUUAUGGCUGUUGCUGAGAAUGCUGGGGCCAAAAUCGGUUCUUCCAGUCAAAAUUUGGACAACAGUGUUGUCUCAUCGGACACCACUGAGAUGGAGAAAUCAAAGGCAAGGUCUGGCGGCGGCGGCGGCGGCGGAGGAGGAGGCGCUGUCAACGGUGGUGGUGGUGAUCAGAAUCUGAACGGUGUAUUCAACCAAGACAGAGGUGCAAACACUGUUGUGUCAGUCCCUAACGGUAAUUACAAGGCUCAGGUGGGUCAGAUUCGAAAUGGGUUUGAUGGAAACGGUGUCCAGGGUCAACAGAUGGUGGUCAACAAUGAUGGGUAUGUUGGGAUUAAUGCGGUAAGGAAUGGGGAGAACUGUGGUGAGAGUUAUAAGAGGGAGAUGAGGGAUUUGGAGGAGCUUUUGUCAAAGUUGAACCCCAUGGCUGAGGAGUUUGUGCCGCCGUCGCUCGCCAACAGUCACGGUUACUUGGCUGGUCCUGGUGGUGCUGCUGGUUUUGGAUUCGCCAACAAUUUUCUGCUCCACAAUAAUUAUGGCAAUGCUAAUGGCCAGACUAACAGAAGGAGGAAGAAUGGCUAUAGUCAAGGGAAGCGUAGAGCGAAUAAUAAGAUGGAUAUGGAGAAAAGGGAAGAGAUGAUUAGGAGGACUGUUUAUGUGUCUGACAUUGAUCAGCUGGUUACCGAAGAGCAGCUGGCGGCUCUCUUUCUUAACUGUGGCCAGGUCGUUGACUGCCGCGUAUGCGGGGAUCCCAAUUCUAUUCUUCGGUUUGCUUUCAUUGAGUUUACGGAUGAAGAUGGUGCAAGGGCUGCUUUGAGCCUUUCUGGAACUAUGCUCGGAUAUUAUCCACUUAGAGUGCUACCUUCAAAAACUGCCAUUGCACCUGUCAACCCAACAUUUUUGCCCAGGUCUGAAGAUGAAAGAGAGAUGUGCUCAAGAACAAUCUAUUGCACAAAUAUCGACAAGAAGCUCACUCAAGCAGAUGUCAAAAGCUUCUUUGAAUCUAUAUGUGGAGAGGUUCACCGCUUGAGGCUUCUUGGAGAUUACCAUCAUUCAACUCGAAUUGCAUUCGUUGAGUUUGCACUGGCUGAGAGUGCAAUCGCAGCUCUGAGCUGCAGUGGUGUGAUUUUGGGUGCACUGCCUAUAAGGGUAAGUCCAUCGAAGACACCAGUCCGUUCCCGUGCUCCACGCACUGCUAUGCACUGAAUCAUCCUUAAAAUGUUUCUGGGGUUGAUUGCUGUUCUGAGAUAAUAUUUACAUAUAUACAUACAUAGAAACAGAUAUGUCGUAAGGUACCCGUUGGCAUUUAGUCAAAACACUUUCUGUCCUCGAGUCUUGCAGUAAUGGUAUCUGUGUUUCCCCCCGGGUUUUUAUUUCCUUAGCAUAUGUAGAGUUCGAUGGCACUCGAGGAUCUUGAUGGGUUAAUUUAUGAUGCACAAUGUGUUGUGUUGACCUCGCAACGUGCAAACUUUAUGGUUUGGAUGUUUCCUAACAUCCGGAAUUUACUAUUUAAAUAGAAACUUGUUACAAAGCCUUCGUUCAACAUGAGCUGUUUAUUUGGUUA